AUGAAGUUUUCUUUAAAGAAGAGCAAGUUUGCCUCUAAGAUACCAACCGGUAACCGCAAGUCGUUUUCUUUAAAAAAAAAGGUUGAAGUGGUACGUAAAAGCAAGGCUGUCGGAAAAGUUGAAAUAAAGCGCAACGGUUUAUUUGAGAGUAAUGCGAUAAAGCAUGACGGUAAGAAAAUCGGUAUUAGUACCAUAAAAGAUAUCGAUACGCCAAGACUUGCAGAUUCGGAAUUGGUAAUAAAACCCAUCCAAUCCAGAAGGGACAUUUUCAGAAAGAAGAAACAGACAUCAUCAAAUGUACCCUCUUAUGAACACCAGCCAAUAAAAUAUGGUAUCAAUAAUAUGGAUAAAAAGGGAAAGAUGGAUCAUCUCGAUAAUCAGAGAGCAGAUAGUAUAAGGCAAAAGCCUGUACCUUUAACAUCUUAUGACGUACCUAGCUGCGUAUCCGAAACCACAGAAGAAAGUUAUGAGAAGGUUCCCGUGGAAAAAUUUGGCUUGGCGAUGCUAAGAGGAAUGGGAUGGAAAGGGGAUGUGACGGAAAUCGAAAAGGAAGAAGUAAAGAAGGAUAAUGCAUCUACAUCAAGGCCUCUUCUUCUUGGUUUAGGGGCAAAACCAUCUGCUGUUCAGCUUGAUCCUUCUUAUCGUGUUUCGAGUGCUAACUAUGAACCAGUUACGAGAGUUUCUAAAAAUUAUGGUAGUAGUGGUGGUAUAUAA